CGAUAAUCAUAAUCCAUGAUUGCUCAAAGAAAGGAGGAUACUUUUUUCGCACUACUUAAAAUUCUCCCGUGUGACCGAAGGAUAGUAACUAGCAUAUAAGGAAAGCACAGAGGAACAAUCUAGCUUCUGUGAAAAAAACACGAGGAUAGAUAUAUCUUAUUCCGAAGAAAGAGAGUCGCUCGAAAAUUCAACUAAAAGCCUACAUGAUGCAAAGGAAACGGCAUGGUUUGAGAACGCAGGGGCAACAAGUAAACCCACAGUAUGCUGUUCACAAAGAACAUCGUCAGAUCCSUCCAGUUCUGUUCCUAAGCUUUGCGCUUCUGCAGUAUUCUAUGAGUCUGCUGAGCGAAGGGGCGGUUGCCAAUGCUUUUGUCUUGGCAGGCACGAGACAUGUUCGUCCGAUUCUAGAAUUGUCGAACACAAAACUUUUCUUUGACACCAAUGGACACAAGCUCCAGGAACAAUUUACAAAUUCUACAAGCAURAAGAACAAACGGUCAAACGAGUCUCCGACCGCACUGUCAGCCUCGUCGUCGCUGUCGGCACCUACUGGCGGCGGCUUCUUCAACGGCGGCGGCGAACACCGUUCGAAUCGCCGCCGCAAUCGGUCGUACAAAAUAUAUUGUGACAUGGAUGGGUGUCUAGUCAAUUUUGAAAAGGGUGUCCGCAUGCUCCUCAAAGCGGGAAGCUCCGAUAUCGACAAGCGGGUGAUGUGGGAAGGCAUUUCUCGAGCACCACAGUGGUUUGAAAACCUAGAGUGGCAAAUGGACGGCAGGCGCCUCUGGAGCGCCAUCAAGCACCUGAACCCCGAUAUUCUGACGGGGGUUCCCGACAUAAAGUCCUCCCGUAUAGAGAAAUUCAAUUGGUGCAAGAGAGAGCUAGGGCUAGAAGAAACUGACACGCACCAUGUGGACAUGGCCGGGGAUGUGGCCGCAUUGAGUGACCACUAUAGCGUAAAUGGAAAUCUACCAAGAGAUGAUAAGACCAAUAUCAUAACCUGCUGGAGCAACAACAAAUAUAAAGAAUGCAGCAGGAGUGGAUCGUAAGUGUAAUACACUGAGUCGUUUUUAAUGUAUUCACUUUUAUGGAAAAGCUUCAAACGUCAUGUUUUCUCAAUUCAGACUAACGCAUUCUGUGCCGAACCGAUGCACUGCUGGCGCAAAUAUUGAUAUGGAUUGUGCAACGGACUUGAAUUUUUAAAAUAUAAAAUGAAAUGCAACGGCAACGGCAACAGCAUCCUUAUCGACGAUCGCAUCGAUCUAAAGAAAAAUUGGGAAGAUGCAGGGGGUAUUUUUGUCCACCACGUGAACACCGAGACAACGAUCCGAAAAUUGCGUGAUCUUGGUGUAAUCUCAGAGGGGGGACUCGACAAUGGAGAGAAUGAUUGGUACUGGGAGGGCUCCUGGAGAUUAUGGAAAGACGAGUGAUUGAUUGAUUUGUUUUUGUCCCAAAAUUUGUUUGCAGAACAGCCAACCCUCAUAUCAAAAGGGUAGAUACCUAGGGUUCAUGGCCACCAAAAAAAUCGAAAUUGUAGUUUUUUGCGCAUAUAGAUUGCAGGUGCAUACGCUACAAUUUUAACUCGCUU